AUGCAACUUUGGGAUGCCGCCGCCUCCGCCGCCCCCACCGCCGCCACCCCCGCGUCGUCCUUACCGUCCGCCCGCCUCUCCACCCCCGCAUUGUCGUCAUCGUCCCACGGCUCGUCCAUCUUCCUUAGUAGCGCCUCGACGCUGCUACACCCAUUUCUCGAGAUUGACAACUUGGACGAUCUCAGCGGCGACUCGGGCGAUUCGUCGCACCCAGAACAGUUGCACGCGACGCGCUCCCCGCAUCGCCUGCUCUUCGCACAGCAGCAACCCAGCAUCGCUGCCACAGGCGUCGCGAAGAGUGCUCCCCUCGACGACUCUUCUCCCCCUCCGCAGCCGCCGCCAGCGCCGCCGCCUCCACGUGAGGUGGAGCUGGACUCGUGCGCGCUGCAGUCGCUGCUUCCGCAGCUCCUCCCGCCCGCCCUCCUCGACCCCGCCUGCUUCAACCACCUCUCGCUGCACUUCGCGCACGAAACUCCUGCAGACAACGGCGGCGGCGGCGGUGGGGACGAGUCGAGUGCGUCGUCGCCGCCUGAGACGGCGACGCGGCGCGAUCUGCUUGACGUGGCGCGAAACAAGGCGCGUGCCAGCACCGUGUGGGCGCCGCUGGAGGGGACGGCGGGCAGCGCGGAGGGCGCGGGAGGCGCGGGGGAAACGGGGGGCGCAGGGGGACCGAGGGGGCCAGGAAGAGCCAAGCCGGCGGCGGCGUCGACUCUCACUCCAGCGAAUGAAGUGAUCACCGUGUGCCGCUCUGCUGUAGGUGUGGUGACAGCAGGUGUGGUGACAGCAGGUGUGGUGACUGCAAGUGGUAACAGCAGGUGUGGUAACAGCAGGUGUGGUGACAGCAGGUGUGGUGAUAGCAGGUGUGGUGACAGCAGGCCCAGCCAGCAUCACCAUCAGUCCGGAUCUCAGUGGACAGACCUGGAGAGGCUGGGGCACGUCUUUGGCGUGGUGAGUGGCAGAGAGAGUGGUGAGUGCGAGAGAGCACGUCCUUACUACCAUGGUGCCAUGUUGGGCCUCAUAUUAGGCCCCUUUGCGUUGCCUGAUUGUGUGCCUGCCCACUCACCCUCUGCACCCUCUCCCACCCACACUAUCCUCUCCUCGCCCAUCCUUACCCCUUCCCCCUUCCACCUUCCCCCGGCCUCUAUCUUCCCCACCUCCCAACCUCACCUUGCCCCCACUCUUCAUGCCAGGUUCGCCAACUACAUUGGCAAACUGCCUGCCGACCAGCUCACCACGCUGCUGGACCUGCUCUUCUCACCGUCCACGGGAAUCGGGUUCAACCUUGCGCGCUACCUCCUAGGCGCCAGCUUCAACGCCACCAACAGCCCGCAGCUCACCAAAGACACCAUGCACCAGACGAACCUCCCCGGCUACAAGCCGAGCAAGGCCGCCCCAUACGACUGGGCGGCAGACUGGCGAUGA